AUGUCAUCUAGUAUUCCCGAUUUUUAUCACGGAAAAAUUAUCUUAGUUUUUGGUUCAACAACAUUUCCGGGAAAAGUUUUACUUGAAAAAUUACUACGUUCAUGUCCAGACAUAGAAAAAAUCUAUUGCCCUGUAUACCCUACAAAAAAGACAGUUACUCAUCAUCUUUCACCAGUGGAUACAUUUACUGAAAUCUAUACAACAAAAUUAUUCGAUCGUGUAAGACGUAUUAAUACUAAAUUUCAAGAAAAAAUUAUUCCAUUCGAUAUAAAUCUCUUAAUAUCGCCAACAGCAAUAACAAACACCGAACUAGAUUCAAAUGAAGAAAAACAAUUAGAAUUAAUAUCGUGGAGAAAUUUACAGAAUACUGUUGAUUUAUGUUUUUAUAUUGCAAAUAAUUCAGUAGACUUUGACGAACAAAAUCUUAAAGAUAUGAUUCAAACAAAUGUGAUGGACUUGAAAAGUAGUUUAACCUUUUUAAAAACGUGUACACAAUUACAGUCAAUCGUUUAUCUUUCAUCGAUUUAUGCUAAUAUAGAUUGUCCGUUCAUUGAUGAAUGUGUUUAUCCAUGUCCAAUUGAACCACAAAAAUUAGUUGAUGCUCUUGAUUGGAUGGAUAAAGAAAUGGUCGAAUUAGCAACACCGAAAUUAAUCGGUCCAAAACCGAAUGCAUUCGCAUUUUCACAUUGGCUUGCUGAAACAGUUUUAUCAGAAGAACAAAAAAGUUUACCAUCGAUUUCAAUCGUACGAGUUUCAAUUAUUGGUGCAGCGUGGAAAGAUCCAUAUCCUGGUUGGGUUGAAAAAUCGAACGGACCAAGCGAAUUAUUUGCUGCCGUAGGUCGUGGUUAUCUACGUUCGAUGAAAGGUGAUUCACAUGACAUACUCGAUAUUGUGCCAGUCGAUAUACCCGUUAAUUUAUUAAUUGCUGCAUCAUGGGAAAGAUCUUGCGAAGAAAGAAAACAACAUUUAACUCUAUAUCAUUGUACAUCGAGUGGUCUUAAUCCAUUUCAUUGGCAAGAGAUGAGUAAUCAUUUUAUUGAAUAUUCAAAACGUGUUCCAUAUGAACAUGCAUUUCGUCGUCCUAAUCUAUCUGUAACAAGUCAUAGUUUAAUACAUGAUUCAUAUGUGUUUUUUUCACAUCUUAUUCCAGCAUAUCUAGCCGAUAUUGGUUUACGUUUAACAGGUCGACAAGCUCGUGUUGUUAAUCUAUAUAAAAAUUUGCAUCGAACACUUCUUGGUCUUGAAUCAUUCAUGAUUCGCGGAGAAAUUCAAUGUUCCUAUGAUAGUUUAAAUUCCCUAAGGCAAUUAGUUAGUGAAACAAAUAAUUUCAAUGAAUUUAAUUUUGAUAUACGUGCUUUACAUUGGCCAACAUAUAUUGAAUCCUAUUUAAUUGGAACAAAACGUUACGUUUUAAAUGAAGAUAUGAAUAGUUUAAAUGGCGCACAAAAACAUUUAAAUAAUUUAAGAAAUAUACGUUGGGCAUUCAAUACAAUUAUUCUUGUUCUGUUAUGGAGAAUAUUUAUAUCAAAACGACCGACAGCAAGAAAUCUUUGGUAUUUUGUCAUCAAUUUUUUUGUGGCAAAAUUUGUUCGAUUCUUUAAAAUUCUUAGUGCAGGAAAUACAUAA